CCGGGCCCCGCCGUGCCACGGCGGCCGAGUUUCCUCCUCAGGGUGGGCCGGGAAGCGCGGCGGGUCCGCCGAGGAGGUACCGUCAUGGAGGAGGCCGAGCCGAACGAGCGCAGCCCCUUGCUGAGCAGCGGGGAGCGCGGCCGGGCGGCCGGCAGCGCUUUCCACGGGCGGCGUUUGGCCUGCGCCGCCGUGCUGCUGGCCGAGCUGCUGGAGCGGGUGGCCUUCUACGGCAUCACCUCCAACCUGGUGCUGUUCCUGAACGGCCCUCCCUACGGCUGGGAGGGUGCCCAGGCCAGCCAGGCCCUGCUGCUCUUCAUGGGCAUCACCUACCUGGUGUCACCUUUUGGCGGCUGGUUGGCUGACGCCCUCCUGGGCAAGUUCGGCACCAUCCUGCUGAGCAUGGCUCUCUACCUGCUGGGCAUGCUGGCCUUCCCUGUCAUCGCCGCACCGCACACCCGCCAGGGCCUCUGCGGGGACAUCCCCUUGUUCCCCGUAGAGAACUGCUCCUCUCCGGUGGCCAACGCCACCGUGGCUCCUUGCUCGCAGGUGGGAGCCACCCGCUACUGUGCCACUGCCACCUUCAUCGGACUGGUCCUCGUGGGGCUGGGCGUCGGGUCGGUCAAGGCCAACAUCACCCCUUUUGGGGCAGACCAGGUCAAAGAUCGGGGUCCAGAAGCCACAAGAAGAUUUUUUAAUUGGUUUUAUUGGAGCAUUAAUUUGGGAGCUAUUCUCUCUCUGGGAGGCAUAGCAUACAUUCAACAGAAUGUGAGCUUUGUGGUUGGAUAUAGUAUCCCAGCAGUUUGCAUUGGGAUUUCAUUCAUGGUUUUCUUAUGUGGUCAGAGUUUCUUCAUCACAAAACCUCCUGAUGGCAGUGCCUUCACAGACAUGUUUAAAAUUCUUGCAUAUUCUUGUUGCUCAAGAAAGAGCCAUGUGGAACAUUCAGCUAACAGUGAAGCCCAGGGAGUACUUCAGCAAGCUCGGAAGCAAAGCCUGUUUGAGAUGGCCAAGCUGUCCCGGGCGGGCCCCUUCAGAGAAGAUAAAGUAGAAGAUGUGAAAGCUCUCGUCAAGAUUAUCCCUGUCUUUUUGGCUUUAAUACCCUAUUGGACAGUGUAUUUUCAAAUGCAAACAACAUAUGUAUUGCAAAGUCUCCAUCUGAAAGUCCCUGAAAUAUCAAAUGACACCAACUCAAUUCACACGUUUCCAGCAGCCUGGUUGACUAUGUUUGAUGCUGUGCUCAUACUGAUCCUGAUACCUCUAAAAGAUAAAUUGGUGGAUCCUAUUUUAAAGAGGAAUGGCCUCCUCCCAUCCUCACUGAAGAGGAUUGCAGUUGGAAUGUUCUUUGUAAUGUGUUCUGCAUUUGCUGCAGGAAUUCUGGAAAGCAACAGACUGAAAAUUGUAAAGGUUAAAACAAUUAAUCAGACAAUUGGAAAUGUUACAUACCAUGCUGCAGAUUUGCCAAUAUGGUGGCAAAUUCCUCAGUAUGUGCUGAUUGGAUUCAGUGAAAUAUUUGCAAGUAUAGCAGGUCUGGAAUUUGCAUAUUCAGCUGCUCCCAAAUCUAUGCAGAGUGCUAUUAUGGGGCUGUUUUUUUUCUUUUCGGGGAUUGGAUCAUUUGUUGGCUCUGGUUUGUUGGCACUGGUGUCUAUUAAAGAAAUUGGCUGGAUGAGUAAUCACAUAGAUUUUGGUAAUAUUAAUGGCUGCCAAUUAAACUAUUAUUUUUUUUUGCUGGCUGCUAUUCAAGGAGCAACCCUCUUGCUUUUCCUUAUUGUUUCUGUGAAAUACGAUCAUCAGAAAUCAAAGAUUAACGAAGUGGCUGCCAAUGGGAGGAUCUGAUACCUGAAACAGAGCAGACUUUCUGACAGCAGCACACAAUGAAGUGACAGUACACCCCAAAUCUGCAAGAUCUUAUGUCUCCAGGGAGACCCUCACUAGACUUGCACGUUACAAGAGCUCUUGCCCCUGCCCCCUCUUGUGUACCAUAGGUAAGUGCCUUAUGGCAGGGCUCAUUUCUUGCACUACGUCCUGGUGGAGGACAAACACAAACCUUGGACGUGUAUUCACUGUAGGCAUUCAAGCUGUGCUUUGUUAUUUGUGAGAUGUUUACUUAACUCCUGACAGUCGGGACACUUGGAAACUUGAGUAUAACCAUCAUGUGUGGCAUGGAUUGUUCCUGACUGAAAAGCUCUGCUUAGUGAAGACUCAGCAGUUUCGAGCCUCCACUUGAGGACACAGGGAAGAAAACAUUUUACCAAAACCUCAAGUAGUGGUGACAAGUUUUCUAUCUUGAGAGUAAUUUUGAGGGGAAAAACGGGGACAAAUCAAAGUGCAGAUUAGCUCAGAUUAGAAAGAAAUGUAGUUUUAUAUUGAGCUUUUACUGACAGUGUUUUAAGGAGUCAAGUCAAAACCUGCAUUCAAGAGUAUCCAAUACUGAAGACUGAAUGAUAUGUCACAGUAGCUUGGCACAGAGCUGCUCUAAGACUUGGUGGAUAAUAAACAUUUUUGGGGACUGAAAUGGUUUCACUGCAGAAACGUUACUGUUUUGGAAUCUGCAUUAGAUGUAUGGGGACAGUGUGGAAACAUAAAUCUUUUGACAAAGCACUGCUCAGUCUAAAGCUGUGACUUCCCUAAGGAAUAUUCUAAAUAGUUGCAGAAAGAAAACUGAAGAUUGAAUUCUCAGAAGAUGAAUGCAAAGUAACAAUUUAGAAGCCUUUCAGCCAGUUCCCUCAGUCCUGUGUCUUACUCCUAGCUAACAUGCUACAGGGUUUGUAUCUUGCAGCAACACAUUCCUAUAGCAGAGCAACUGGUUUUAUGUUCAGCCUCUUGAAUUUUAAUGAGUCUAACAAUUCUACUUAAGUUGGUGUGCAGACUGGUAUGGAAGAUUCAAGGAAUUAUGCAGAAAGAAAAUAAAAACUCAACUUUUUAUUAAUGUGUUGAAUUUUUAUAGUUUCCUUUGUCUGCGUUUAUGUUGCUAAAAUGUCCUCCUUUUGUAUAUGGACAUUUUUUUAAAUGAGUUUACAAACUAAAGUGAACUUCCAUGCUGUGACUUUUUAUCAUUUAUUUCUAGGUGAAUAAAAUUAUA